GCUUACUGUCUGAAAAAAAGCAGUGACGCAAACAGUGACGACAGAACAAUAUCGCUGCUGCCUUCCAAAUACUCAGGCAAGUCAGUUUCUAUCAAGUCGCAGCAAGCCGAGCAAGAAGGAAAGACAACAUAGGAUCACAGCUUUAGGAGUCACGCUAAGAAAUGACAAAGGAGGAUUCAGCAGAUGUAGCCUCUGAUGAGGAGCAUCAGUCUGCCGAGUUCCAAAGCCCAGUGCCAGAACGAAGAAAGAGACCUAUUGUGCAUCCAUCAGCAAAUGCUCCCCUUCCAAAGGAUUAUGCAUAUACAUUCUUUGACCCCAAUGACCCUGCCUGCCAGGAAAUUCUGUUUGACCCAAGGACUACAGUUCCAGAACUUUUCGCCAUUAUAAGACAGUGGGUACCACAAGUGCAACAUAAGAUUGACAUAAUUGGAAAUGAGAUCCUGAAGCGAGGCUGCCACGUCAGUGAUCGGGAUGGGCUGACAGACAUGACCCUGCUGCACUAUGCCUGCAAGGCUGGAGCCCAUGGUGUGGGUGAUCCAGCUGCUGCAGUCCAUCUAACAACCCAGCUGUUGAACCUUGAUGCUGACGUCACACUUCGCAGUCAUUGGACAAACAUGAACGCACUUCAUUAUGCUGCCUACUUUGAUGUCCCAGAGCUCAUUAGAAUCUUACUGAAAGCUUCUAAACCAAAAGUUUUGAACUCGACUUGCAGUGAUUUUAAUCAUGGUACAGCUCUUCACAUUGCAGCAUCAAAUCUGUGUCUUGGAGCAGUGAAGUGUCUUUUGGAGCAUGGAGCCAACCCCACAGUCAGGAAUAGUAAAGGCCAGGUCCCAGCAGAUGUGGUGCCUGAUCCCAUGGAUAUGACAUUGGACAAAGCUGAGGCAGCAAUGGUCGCUAAAGAACUGAAGCAGCUUUUGUUGGAUGCAGUUCCUCUGAGCUGCAAUCUGCCAAAAGUCACACUACCAAACUAUGACAAUGUUCCUGGAAACCUCAUGCUGACCUCCCUGGGUCUGCGACUUGGAGACCGAGUGCUUGUGGAUGGACAAAAGGUGGGUACUCUUCGAUUCUGUGGAACAACAGAAUUUGCAAGUGGACAGUGGAUUGGUGUGGAACUGGAUGAACCUGAAGGAAAGAAUGAUGGAAGUGUUGGAGGCAUCCAGUACUUUGUUUGUCCUUCAAAGCAUGGAAUAUUUGCCCCUGUGUCAAAAAUUAGCAAGCAUACAGAUCAGACUCCAUCUUCUGUAACAUCAACACCUAAAACUCCUCGGAUGGACUUUUCUCGGGUCACAGGAAAAGGCAAGAAAGACAAGAAGGAACUGAGAAAGAAGUCUUUGUCAGUUGGUAGCCUGGAUCGUGAAGGGGUGAAGAUUGAGACAGGAGAUCAAGUGCUUGUAGCUGGACAGAAAAAGGGCAUUGUACGGUUCUAUGGGAAAACAGACUUUGCACCUGGUUACUGGUUUGGCAUUGAGCUGGAUAAUCCAACAGGAAAGCAUGAUGGUUCAGUGUUUGGUGUACGAUACUUUUUCUGCCAUCCCAAACAUGGAGUCUUUGCACCUCCCUCCAGGGUUCAAAGAAUUGGCGGACCAAAAGAUUCCCAGAAUGACUGUACCUUAGCAAAGAAGAUUCAUCAGGUUACUGUGAAUCAGCCAAAACGUAACUUUGCAGCAAUGAGGAACCCAAAAGAUAUUGCAUCAGAAAACUCAAUAUCCAGAUUACUGUUCUGUUGCUGGUUUCCAUGGAUGCUUCGUGCAGAAAUGCAGUCUUAAAAAUGUCUCCUGAUCCUUCUCUUCCACUCAGACCUGUUUCUUCUCUGGUUUCAGAAAUGGACUGCGGACUGCUAAGAAAUUAAUUUCAGUUCCCAUCUUUGUCCCUGUUGCUGUUCUAGUGAACCCAGUGCCUUGUACCUUUUUAAUGUUAUGUAGUUCCUUGAAGUUCUUGAGGAAUCACCAUUCACUGCAUUGUUUAUUUAAAACCGACACCUUAACUGCACAGCCCUUCAAGUGGAGAGGUCUCUUAUUGUGACUAAAUUGUUGUUUCUGUUAUCUGCAGCUCAUAUAUUGCUCUCUCUCUCUUCACUGACGUGUGAUGGUGUCUCUUAACAUGUGGAGUAAAGUAGUAAAAUGUAAGACAUGUAGCACACAUUCUCAAAGAUGCGAAGAGACAGAGGAAAACUCAGCAGAUGGAAAACUGGUAUAUUGAUGCAGCACAGAGAGCCUUGUUUGGUGGAACUUUUUCUACUUCAGUAUCUGAAAUUAUAAGGCAUUGUCUCAAUACAGACAUCUGGAAGAUUGGGGGCAGUGUCUUCUUAACUGUUGAGGGCACUCUGAAAUUGCACCUGUACCUGCUGGUUCAGCAAAUACUAAUGUGGUCAUUAGUUAACAAGAGACAGUUUUUCUUUUCAACCUUCCUGUGUCACUUGCCUUCGUUUAUUGUUAUCAGUAUAUCUAAAGCAUUCCCACCUCUGCAACACUGGCUAUGGCUUUCUAAAGUUCUCUAACAUUCUUCUUACUCUUUGAAUUUUUAAAUAAUUUCAACAAGUACAGCAUUCUCAUAUAUGUAUUACACGAAUGUUCUACAUGUACGAUUAUUCUGCCACAAGUCACAGUCAAAGCAGCGGUUGAAUUUUUUUUUGAAGGUGGCUAUCAUAUUUAAUAUACUAACCCUAACCCUGUUCCAUUUUCAUGGAAAAGGAAGAUAGAAAUCCCCAGUUGUUUAGUUUACAUAUAUUAAUGUUUUUGUGUAUUUUACCAUUCCAUGCCCUGCUCUACACUGGGUUGAUACAACUGUGCUACUUUGGGGCAAGGUUAGGAUAUACAGAAUAUUUGAUGCCAUUUGCGUCUUGUGCAUGCAGUUGUUCAUUUUGUUUUCCAUUCUGAGGAAAAUGUUGGCAUAGUGGACCAAAGUAUUCUCUUUUUGUUGCUUGGUAUUUUGGCUUCUUAAUACACAACAGUAAAAACACUGGAGCCCACCCACCUGCUUGUUUCUUCUCCGUGAUUAUGCAGAGUUUUGUUUUAGCACUACA